GGGAGAGAUCGUCAAUGUGUGUGGCUUGCUCAGCUGUUCCCAGCUGUUACGCGCGACACAGAGCAAAGGUGGUGAUCGCGAACGAACGUCGAGGUUGCCGUGCGAGAGAGAUCGCGCGUCGCGUACGUACGCAAUUUUCCGCGCUCGCAUCGUUGCAUUUAUUUUUAGUACAUAACGAGUUUAGUGCCAUGUCACGUCGUCGCUACGCAUCGACAUCAGGAUUUUUGCUGCGUAACUACGCGUUGUCGAGUUCCUGAGGUUGGGACGAGCGGAAUUGUGCAAGGAACGCGCACCGCUCUAACUUUGCCCGCCGUUGCACGCGACAAUAAAAACGAAUUUCGAAACGAGCAUCCAUGCGUUAACCAUUUCGGCACGCUUGAACAGCCGGGUGAUCUACACGUUGCUGGGAUUUGUCGUCAGCUGGUAGCUUGACCGGAGAUCAUCAUGAGGAAGACGCGAUCCAAUAUCUUCCGCGAUAUUUACUAUCAGCCGUACGAUGACAGUGCGAGGCUUAAGCUUUACUCCAGCAGUAAAGCUAGUCUACAGCUAAUUCAGCGCAUGUCAUUACUGAAGAGCCUGAAGGUCCACAAUGGUUGCGUAAAUUCUAUAUGUUGGAACAACAGCGGAGAAUUGAUAUUAUCUGGAAGUGAUGAUCAACAUCUUGUUUUAACUAAUGCAUAUAAUUAUAAGGUACUAACGGACUAUAAAACCAGUCACAGGGCAAAUAUUUUUAGCGCCAAAUUUUUGCCUAAUAGCGGUGAUCAUCGUAUCGUGUCUUGCAGCGGAGAUGGCAUUAUUUUGUAUACAGAUCUCAUGAGACGAACAGAGACGUUCCAUAAUCAAUUCACUUGUCACACCGGCACUACCUACGAAAUAGCGACAAUACCCGGUGAGCCACAUAAUUUUCUAAGUUGCGGAGAGGACGGCACUGUAAGAUGGUUUGACCUCAGAGUGAAGGACAAAUGUAGCGCCACAAGGUGCAGAGAGGAUGUGUUAAUCUCGUGUCAAAGAGCCGUAACUGCUCUGUCCGUGAAUCCUGUGUCCCCUCAUCAGAUAGCGAUCGGAUGUUCCGACAGCACCGUGAGAACGUUCGAUAGAAGAACUCUCGGAACACCAGCUACUGGUUGGACAGACGCAAGUGGUUCGGUGAGACCGUUGUGCAGCUUCACUGUGCCGGAAUUCGAAGGCAAUUCCUACAGGAUUACGUCGUUGAGUUACAGUCCGGAUGGACAAGAUGUUCUUGUUAGUUACAGCAGCGAUCAUCUUUAUUUGUUCAGUAUCAAGGAUCAAGGCAGCCUGCAGCUGCGGAAAGACGCGUCGAUGGGCAAAGGGAAAGGGAAGAAACAUCCGUUGAGGUCGCCUCAACCAGUUCGUCGCCUGAGACUUCGCGGUGAUUGGUCUGACACCGGUCCUGACGCGCGCCCAGAAAGAGAAGGUGGACGUCGCAGUGGCACAGAGGUCGCCCAGGCAAGACCAGUGCUUCAUACUUCCUUAAUGCAAAGGAUGACAGACGUGCUCAGUAGAAUGUUAAACGAUCCGGCCACUCGCGCUGCUCUCAGUGGCGGCGGUGAGGACAGCUUGGAAGGUGUUAUCGAGCAACAGGACGGUAUUCAAAAUCCUGAGAAUAAUGGAGAAUCGAACGCGGAAGGGAGUAACGAAUCGACAGAAUCGAGUACAGGACGCGACAAUAAUAGCAAUAACGCAGGGACGAGCGGAAGCACAAGCACGUGUACCGGUAGAGCUAGUAGAAGUAGUACAACCACUGAAGAAACUUCCACGGACGAUGAAAGGCCUGAAAUGAGACAAAUUGAAGGGCAAGAGUACAAUGAGUUAGCCUCGUACAGCACGCCCGCGAGAGUAAACGACGGAAAUCCCACCGAGUCCGCCGCAUCGAACGAUGUUCCUAUGGAAACUGAAUCUAGUCAAGGCGACGCGCAAGCCGCUUCCGCCUGCUCCACGAGUAGUCAUCAUAGAACCAAGCAUGGUGGCGUGUGGCACGAGAGUGAAAAAGCGAACGAUGCCUCGCGCGCGAACAUUGGUAGUAAGCAGGAAAGUAUGAUGGAAAAUCUGCAGGAUAGAUUGACAACGAUGCGAGAUGGUUUCCUCGAGAGACAUGGCAGCGAACCUGCCGUGAGUUUAACAUAUUCUGACAAAAGCUCAACUAGCGCCACCAUAUCACUUGGCGUCGGCGAUGAAGUAACUCGAGACAGUUACCAUCCAGGACCGUCUGGAAGCUGUAGCGAUGGAACUCUCGAUGCCGGGCCGAGCAAUAAUCACAAACAUCGUUACACCGACGUCAGAGAGAAAACUGAGGAAGUCGUUGACAGCGAAGACGAGGAUAUCCAACCGGGUGAAAGAUUACUGAAUCCAGUUGAGGCUGAAAUGGAUGAAGCAAUUGCUAAUGCUCGUUCGUCGCAAGGGCACGAAACGUUCGACGAAACCUACUUGACUGAGCUGUGCGUGAAACGGAAAUACAUGGGACAUAGAAACGCGAGUUUCUUUAGGACCAUGAUCAAGGAGGCAAAUUUCUGGGGCGACGAUUUCGUCAUGUCAGGUAGUGACUGCGGUCACGUAUUUGUAUGGGAGAGGGACACCGCCAGAUUGUGUAUGCUACUAGAAGCGGAUCAUCACGUUGUCAAUUGCCUGCAACCGCACCCGUACCUGCCGAUUCUGGCCACUUCUGGCAUCGACUACGAUGUCAAAUUGUGGGCGCCAGUAAACAAAAAGACGGAUUUCGACGAGAAGUUCGCGGAAGAUCUGAAGAAGAGAAAUGCGGUCAUGCUGGAAGAGACCAAAGACACUAUAACUGUACCUGCGGUUUUUAUGAUCAGAAUGCUGGCAUGCCUCAAUCAGAUACGCAGAGGUCGAGGUCGCAACAGGAGACGGAACGGCGACGAGAGCGGCGAAUUACGAGGUGGCUAAGUCGUCUUCGACGAUACUGCAACUGGCGACGAUAAUAAAAAGUAUAACUCACGCGUUUCACGAUAUUUGGUUAUCGAUCAAAUCGCCAUCUCGGGGGCGGACGAGACGUAGAAUAUUCUGCUCGAGACCGACAAAUCAUGAUGUCGUAUGUGUGACGAAACGGACUCGAGGCUCGGUACUUCAGAAUGUAAAUAUACGCAGUAACAAAAUCAAGUCGAAAAUCGUCCUUGCCGAGUUACUCGUUCCAUAGAUAUCGAAUUUCGUUUGUACACACUUUUCUUGCCAUUUUACGUGCGUAUUUUAACGCGGAAUUUCAAGUAGAAGUCAUAUUUUGUUCAGCAUGCUGAGAAAAAGGAGGAGUUUCCCUUUGUGUAUAUUUUGCGUUUGAUAUCUAUAUUCGUAUGAUUACCACGAUGUAUUAGUCUUGAUAAAUUUCUAUCGGAUCCGCGCUGUUAUCCUAUCUUACGAUUUUGCGUGUCUUGCAAAGAGAUUGUCGUCGAUAUUGCGUAUUGGCGAACAAAAGGGAAAAGAGAAAACAAGAAGUAAGCUAGUCGAAAGUUUGCAAUAAGUAGCGUCUCGUCUCCGUUAUAUGUUCUUUUUAUCGUAUAUUAUUUAAUAUUUAUAUGCGAAAGACGACAAGAGACUGUGCAUUGUCGACGAUCUUUGACGACAGUGGUGCGUGCGAUAGACAAGAAUAUCGAUUCGUGCAAUCGGGGAUUGUUAAGAGAGACCUCGAGAUACUACUCGAGGGAGAGAAAGAGAGAGAGAGAGAGAGAGAGAGAGUAUGCAGUAUCGUACUCAUGUAGGCUUUAAUUAUUUAUUUCAUAACAACGCGCGACAAAGUGCUUUUCUCCUGUUUCUCUUGUGUUUCUAUCGUAGGAUAUACACCAGGCAUACACGAUGACCGCUGUGAAUCGUCGCAGAGAUGUUUUACAGUUGUCGUAACGUUAACAGAUGUAUUAUAACAGACGUCGAGGUAUUCGAUGAAUGGAGAAAGUUAACGAAGCCAGCAACAUAGCGCUCGAUUCCGUAGAAUCGAAACAGGGACACGACGCGAUCAGCUAGAACGUUGAGAGAUAGAGAUUGUUGUAAGGCGAAUUGUAACAUGUGCCUUACAGGUGUUUAACUUAAAGAAAAAAA